AUGUCGGCCCGUCUCAAGGCAGCGAUCCUCGUCGUAUCAACGACAGCGGCCAAGGACCCCUCCACCGAUGCCGCCGGUCCCGCACUCCGAGAUGUCUUUGAGCAGGAUGGCGGGGGCCGGUGGGAUGUCGUCGAGACCAUGAUCGUAAGCGACCUUGUCACCCAAAUACAACAGCAGAUCAAAUACUGGGCCGACGCCACAGAUCCCGUCAACCUGGUUAUCACGACUGGUGGGACAGGCUUCGCCAUCGCCGACCAGACACCCGAAGCCGUCUCGGCCCUCCUCAACAAACAAGCACCGGGAAUCGUCCACGCCAUGCUUGCAUCCUCGCUCGCAGUCACCCCCUUCGCCAUGAUGUCGCGCCCCGUCGCCGGCGUCAGGAACCAAACCGUCGUCAUCACCCUCCCCGGAUCUCCCAAGGGUGCGCGAGAGAACCUCCAGGCCGUGAUCAAGACCCUACCCCACGCCUGUCUCCAAGCCACCGGCGCCGACUCGCGAGCCCUCCACUCAGGCGGCGUCAAGAAGCUCGAGCAGGAAGCCGGCGUCAGCACCAGCACCAACCAAUCCCUCACCCCCCACCACCAUCACGACCACACCCACACCCACCACUACCACGGCCACACCCACACCCACAACCACAGUCACAACCACGCCCCCCCCAUCCGCCACACCACCGAAGCAGACCACCCCCCCAAAUCCAACGACCCGACUCUCGGCCCCUCGCGGCGCCACCGCGCCUCGCCAUACGCCAUGGUCCCCGUGACGGAGGCCCUCGCCCUCAUCGCCGCCCACACCCCGCCACCUAGCACCACCACCGCGGCAGUCUCCCCCUCGCUCACGGGCGCGGUGCUCGCCGCGCCGGUGCACGCCGCCGAGGCGGUACCCGCGUUUCGCGCGAGUAUCGUUGAUGGGUACGCCGUUGUGGUUCCUGAUGGUGAAGAGGGCGGGGAUGGGGAUAUGCGUGGGGUGUACCCCGUGGUUGGGGUGUCGCAUGCCUCUGCGGCGGGUGAGGAUGAGGGGGGUGGGGUGUUGAAGGCGGGGGAGGUGGCGCGCAUCACGACGGGGGCGCCGCUGCCGCGGGGCGCGACGGCGGUGGUUAUGGUGGAGGAUACCGUGCUGGUGUCGGCUACGGAGGCCGGGGAGGAGGCCGAGGUGGAGAUACUGGCGCGCGGGGUGCGGGCGGGGCAGAAUAUUCGGGAGGUGGGCAGUGAUGUGGAGGAGGGGGUGGAGAUUCUUGGGAAGGGGGAUGAGGUGUCUGCUGUCGGGGGGGAGGUGGGGCUGUUGGCUUCGGUCGGGGUGAGGGAGGUGGAGGUGUAUAGGAGGCCGGUUGUUGGGGUGCUGUCGACGGGGGAUGAGAUCGUGGAGCAUGAUCGGGAGGGAGCGCUGCGGUUGGGGGAGGUGAGGGAUACGAAUCGGCCGGGGCUGAUCGCGGCGGCGAGGGAGUGGGGGUACGAGGUUGUUGACCUGGGGAUUGCGAGUGACCAGCCCGGGUCGCUGGAGGAGGUCUUGCGGGAUGGGCUGCGCAAGGUGGACCUGGUCAUCACCACCGGCGGGGUUUCCAUGGGGGAGCUCGACCUGCUCAAGCCCACCAUUGAGCGGUCACUGGGCGGGACGAUCCAUUUCGGGCGGGUUGCGAUGAAGCCGGGUAAGCCGACAACGUUUGCCACCGUGCCUGUGAAGAACAAUGCUGGCGAGAGGGUGUCCAAAGUCAUCUUCUCGCUGCCUGGGAACCCGGCCUCGGCGUUGGUGACCUUCCACUUGUUUGUGCUCCCGUCUCUGCGUCAGAUGUCGGGCAUAGAGCCGGCGGGACUACCGCGGAUACCUGUCAUUUUGUCUCAUGAUUUCUCGUUAGACAAAACCCGACCGGAGUAUCACCGCGCGAUUGUCUCGGUCGGUAGCGAUGGUGUGCUGUCCGCCACGAGUACGGGAGGUCAAAGGAGCUCAAGGGUUGGCAGUUUGAAGGGGGCCAACGCAUUGCUCUGCAUGCCCAGCGGGCCAGAGCCCCUGCGCAAGGGCGCCAAGGUGGAAGCACUGCUGAUGGGAAGCCUACGAAGCGACGCGUAA